AUUUUUUCACUGGUCUUGGAACUUUGUGUCACGGUAUUUUGAUUUUAAUUUAAUACCUAAUAAUUAUAUUUUUAUGAUAAAAAAAUGGGUGACUAUCCUGAUCCAGAUGAAGAAUUUGAAUUGAUGUAUGGCGAUGAACUAGAGUUGCUUAAUGAACAAGAACCUGAUCCAGAAGAAGUUUAUGAUCCACCCUCAAAAAGUAGAAAAAGCUUAGAUUUUGGCCCUUCAACAAGUAGCCAGGAUAGCAGUCUCAUCCAAAAACAAUUGCAACAAAAGUCACAAACAUCUUUUGACGAUGAAUUCACAGCACUUGAGUCUCAAAAUAUACAGUCUCAAACUGUGCCAGUUCAGUCAGAGAGAUCUGGUGAUAUUUCAAUCUCUCAAGUACCUGCUAGUCAAGAAGUUAGUGUUGAGAGUCGAAAGAGGACUGUAGAAGAGCUGUUUGGCGAUGUAGAUGACCUAGGAGAUAUAUUUUUUGAUGAAGAUCAACCAAAUUCAAAAAGACAAAAGAAAGAUGAGCUCCAAGAAGAUCUUGAGAUGAUUGAACAUAUCCUCCUAUUGCGGAAGCUGGCAAAAGAAAGACAUGAAAUAGGCCUACUCAAGAAAAAACCCACCAUAAGCAGCACCGACAGAGACAAGCUCAAUAUUUCAUUCAGAGUACCAAAGUACCCAUUUAUCCCAGUGACUCGAUUUGAUAGUGAAAGGAUAUAUGUUAGGUUUCAUUCUGAGGAAUUUGAGAAAGAGGAAAUGGAUAGACUGGUCAAGGAAUGUACUUUCACUGGCGUUAUGGGUGAUUAUUUCAAGGAAGUUUGGAAGGAAGCUAACAAUAUUAUCAACAAAAAUAUUGAUGGGCCCCAACAAACCUCUGACUCACAAAGUGAUGUCUCUAUAAUAGACCCAGUUGAUGAUUCGAAACAGCUUUGGGUGGAACUCUACAAACCGAAAAGGUACAUAGAACUACUAAGCGAUGAAAGUACUAACAGGAUCAUGUUGAGAUGGAUCAAGCUGUGGGACAAGGUGGUUUUCAACAGGAGGCCGAAAAUAAAGACUAAUAAGUCUGAUGAGAAAAAGAGAUUUUUCAGGAUGCCGGAGCUCAAUACUGAGCUUGAUGAGGAUGGUAGACCACAUCAGAAGGUUGCCUUGCUCUGUGGGCCUCCUGGAUUAGGUAAAACGACAUUGGCCCACAUGGUAGCUCGCCACGCGGGUUACAACGUGGUCGAAAUUAACGCUUCCGAUGACAGAAGCACUGACGCUUUCAAAACUGCUCUUGAAAAUGCUACACAAAUGCGCUCUGUAGUUGACAGGGAAGGGAGGCCAAACUGCCUGGUCUUCGACGAGAUCGACGGAGCUCCACAGGCUUCCAUUGAUUUUUUGGUCAAGUUCAUUUCCGGCCAAAUCACCACCAAGGCCAAGAAAGGGAAGGAGAAGAAGCAGACCGUGUUGAAGAGGCCAAUCAUCUGCAUUUGCAAUGACGUGUACGUUCCAGCUUUGAGGCCGUUGAGGCAAAUCGCUUUUGUGGUGAAUUUCCCGCCAAUAUCGAGCACAAGAUUGGCAGAAAGACUGAUGGAAAUAGCUAGACGAGAGCAGAUCAAAACAGACUUGGGCGCCAUGAUAGCAUUAUCAGAAAAGAGUAACAACGAUAUCAGGUCAUGCCUGUCCAUUCUGCAUUUCUUCAAAGUCCAGAACAGGCCUGUCACACUCACCGAUAUUUAUAAAAUCAACGUUGGACAAAAGGAUGUCCAAAAAGAUCUUUUUUCCGUGUGGCAAGACAUCUUCACCAUCGAAAAGCCCAAUUUCAAGGCUACCAUGCAACCUUCAGGCCCUCUCUGUACUACGGUCAAAGCCCGAAUGGCCAAAGUCCUUGAAAGCGUUACUGCCUUUGGUGACUACGACAAGCUGGCUCAAGGCAUCUACGAGAACUUCAUCGCGAUCAAAGUGAAAGAUUCUUCUAACGACGCGGUCAGCACUGCCUUGGAUUGGUUUGUGCUGAUGGAUCUGCUCAACAAGCAGAUUUACACGUUGCAAAUUUACGAUUUGGGUGCUUAUUUGCCGUACGCGUUUGUGGUGUGGCAUUUGCUGUUUGCUACGGUGCAGAGGCAGAAGUUGAACAUGCCCAGUGCUGGUUACGAGGUAAGUGGUUAUUUGAUUUUCGAUGUAUUUCAAU